AUGGUACCAUUCAAGACCCGAAUCAGUCAGCCAUUCCAAGAAGGCCAGACAAUUCAUGCUGUCGGUAUGGUAAAACCCGAGCCAAAAAGGGUGGAUUUCAACUUUCACAAAGGCGGCGAUAGGAAUGCAGAUUUGCCGCUGCACCUGAGUAUACGUUUUGAUGAAGGGAAAAUGGUCUACAACACGUACAUUGGUGGUAACUGGAGUGAUAGCGAGCAGCGCAUCAAGAAUCCGUUCAAGGCGAAUGCCGAGUUUGAUCUCCGAGUUCGCAUCAUCAACAACAAAUAUCAAGUAUUUGCGAAUCGCGCCGAAGUCGGCACCUUUGAUCAGCGGAUGCCUCUCGACGGGGUGGAUCACGUUUCCAUUAGUGGUGACCUGUCCAGUCUUCGAUUAUUCCAUUACGGUGGCCGAAUAUUCACAGUGCCGUAUACCGCGCUCGCCAAAGUGGUACCAGGCAAACGACUGGACGUUUCCGUACUCCCAACUGGAAAACGAUUUAAUAUAAAUUUGUAUCGAGCCAAUCGCCAGUAUGCUCUGCAAGUAUCCGUACGAUUCAAUGAAGGCGCAGUUGUGCGGAACGCAAUGCAGAAUAAUGUGUGGGGCCGUGAAGAACGAGAAGGUGGUCUGCCGAUAAGCAAAGGAGAAAUUGCUGAUGUGACGAUCAUCAAUGAACGAUUCAGCUUCCAAAUAUUUUUCAACGGCAAUCGCUUCGCCACAUUUGCGCAUCGUGGCUCUCCGGACGAUAUUGAAACUGUUGAAAUUGAUGGCGACUGUGAAAUUUACUCCGUCACUGUUAACAAUGCUGUUGGUGUAUAG